GUCGCCAUGGCCUCCUUCAUUGCGCUGUCGGCUAGCUGCUCCAUGCGACAAUCGCCGCCACGUGCGCCUUCCCCUCGCUGCCUUCUUCCCGUGCCCGUCGUAGGUGAGACCUUCUCCGAGUUCCGAUCCCAGAUCGGCCUCGAGGACGAAGCUUCUUCUCCGGGAUGCGGCUCCGCCAUCGUCGUCUCUCGUCGCCGCCGUUGACGCCGCUCCUCGCCAGCUGCCUUCUCCUCCUCCUGCUGCCGCUCCCCCGGGCGGCGGCGACGACGGUGGUCACUCGCCUGCCGGGGUUCCACGGCCCCCUGCCGUUCUACUUGGAGACAGGGUACGUGGGCGUGGAGGAGGAGACGGGGGCGGAGCUCUUCUACUACUUCGUGGAGUCGGAGCGGAGCCCCGGCACCGACCCCGUGCUGGUGUGGCUCACCGGCGGGCCCCGGUGCUCCGCCUUCAGCGGCCUCGCCUACGAGAUCGGGCCCGUCAAGUUCGUCCUCGAACCCUACGACGGCACGCUGCCGCGGCUGGUCUACAGCCCGGAUUCCUGGACGCGGGUGGCGAGCAUCAUCUUCCUGGACUCGCCCGUGGGUUCAGGCUUCUCGUACGCGCGCGACCCCCGCGGCUACGACGUCGGGGACGUCUCGUCGUCUAGGCAGGUCGUCACGUUCCUGAGGAAGUGGUUUGAUGCUCACCCAUGGCUUCAAUCAAACCCUUUCUACGUCGCUGGCGACUCUUAUGCAGGAAAGAUGGUGCCCGUUAUUGCGCAAUAUAUCUCAGAAGGAAAUGAAGGAAUGCAUCAUUCACUGAUCAAUCUCAAGGGCUAUAUAGUCGGCAACCCUGUAACCGGAGACCAGAUCGACACCAACUCUCGGAUUCCGUACGCUCAUUCGCAUGGAAUCAUAUCUGACCAGCAGUACGAGGCUGCGGUGGCAAAUUGCAAUGGGGAUUACGUGAGUCCGACGAACAAGCUCUGCGCCGACGUGCUACAAACUAUCCACAAUCUCAUGUCAGAAGUCGACUACCAUGACAUACUGGGACCGACAUGUCCCCGUGAUUCACUGAAUCCGAGGAGAGAUGCUUUAGCGAGGAAGUCCCUAGCAGAGGAACACUACUAUCGGAUUAGUGACCCACCUGCGGAACCUUCUUUCCGUUGUUUUGAAUACCGCUACUACCUGUCUUACUUUUGGGCAAAUGACAAUGCCACUAGAGCUGCCCUUGGGAUCAAGGAGGGGACAGUGAAGGAAUGGGUCAGGUGUUGCAAGCGUCCAGGUUUCCCCUACACCUACGAUAUUCCGAGCAGCAUAAAGUACCACUUCAACCUCACCACCAGGGGUUACCGCGCUCUGGUAUACAGUGGAGACCAUGAUCUAGUUAUACCGUUCUCGGGCACACAAGCAUGGAUAAGAUCCUACAACUUCUCCAUUGUUGAUGACUGGAGGGCGUGGCACCUUGAUGGCCAGGCUGCAGGAUUCACGAUCAAAUAUGCCAACAAUCUCACUUUCGCGACAGUGAAGGGUGGUCGCCAUGAAGCUCCAGGGAAUCGGCCCAAAGAAUGCUUCGCUAUGGCUAAAAGGUGGCUGGAUAAUAAGCCUCUCUGAUGUAGUGAUGUGCCUGCCAACUCAGGCUGCACUUCUGAUCCAGAUUCAGUCUGUAACUGUGCAUUAAGUCUGUAAAAUGACAACCAAAGCUAGCGAAGUAAGUUAAUCAAUGUAAUAAAAGCACGUCAAAUAUUAAGUUUGCACUCAAAACGUGUUACACUUUCAUU